UAAGGGCUGCCGGGCUGGGGGGCAGGUAGCGAGCAGCGGUACCGCCGGACGGCGCACAUCGGCGCUCCGGGUGACAAUAGACGCCUUUGCGCGCUACUCCUCCGCCACAUUUCGCACGGUACCCGAUUCAAGUGGAUCCGUCUUCGUAGGCUCCACUCAGGAGUUGGCACGCCAUCACACCAUCCAAGUGCGGGGAGCGGCUACUCAGGCCUGCGAGGAAUUGGAUCGGAGCGCUUUGCCAUUCCGGCGCUCAUCUGCACUCUGUACUGCGGUGCCGGCCGAGCCAGCAAGGAGCCAGGGGUGGCCGAACGGAAGAUGCAGAAGAGCAGGAGCGUGCUGAUGGUGACUCCCAGCUCCGACGGCAGGGAUGCCCCGGACUGCAGUGAGCUGUCCGCCUCGCCCGCCUGCACGCUGGGAGUGGACCUCCGUAGGGGGCGGCGGCGCUACUCGGGGACCCUGCAGCUGCCCCCGCUGUCCUGGAGGCAGGCGGAGAGACCCCGCUCCCCCGAUGAGGACACAGUCGUCCGGCCCACUACCCUGCCCUUCAUCGUGCCGCCCCGCAUCGACAUCACACCCGUGGACCCCGAGGCCUUCGACGUGGAGAAUGGCCCGUCCUCCGCCUGCAGCCCACUGGAUCCGCAGGCCUCUCCAGGAUCGGGUCUGGUCCUCCACCCCAACUUCCCAGGACACAGCCAGCGCCGCGAGUCCUUCCUGUACCGCUCUGACAGCGACUAUGACCUCUCACCCAAGUCCAUGUCUCGCAACUCCUCCAUUGCCUCAGAGCUACAUGGGGAUGACCUGAUUGUGACACCCUUUGCUCAGGUUCUUGCAAGCCUUCGCAGUGUGAGGAACAACUUCACCCUGCUGACUAAUGUGCAGUGCGGGUCCAGCAAGAGGUCCCCUGCGGCCCCCCAGCCCCCUGUCACCACCCGAGUCUGCCUGCCCGAGGACUCCUACCAGAAGCUGGCAAUGGAGACUAUGGAGGAGCUGGACUGGUGCCUUGACCAGCUGGAGACCAUCCAGACGUAUCGGUCCGUCAGCGACAUGGCUUCCAACAAGUUCAAGCGGAUGCUGAACCGGGAGCUGACGCACCUGUCGGAGAUGAGCCGCUCCGGGAACCAGGUGUCCGAGUUCAUCUCCAACACCUUCCUCGACAAGCAGAACGACGUCGAGAUCCCGUCGCCUACGCCAAAGACCCGGGAGAAGAAGAAGAAGCAGCAGCUCAUGACCCAGAUCAGCGGGGUGAAGAAGGUGACGCAUGGACCAAACCUCUCCAACUGCAGCAUCUCCCGCUUUGGGGUCAAAACCGACAAGGAGGACCUGCUCUCCAAGGAGCUAGAGAAUCUCAACAGAUGGGGCCUCAACAUCUUCACCGUGUCUGAGUACUCCCAUCACAGGCCCCUCACCUGCAUUAUGUAUGCCAUCUUUCAGGAGAGAGACCUACUGAAGACGUUCAAGAUCCCUGUGGACACCUUUGUGACCUACAUGAUGACGUUAGAGGAUCACUAUCACUUGGACGUUGCCUACCACAACAGCCUGCAUGCCGCUGACGUCGCUCAGUCCACCCAUAUUCUGCUGUCCACACCUGCCCUGGAUGCUGUCUUCUCUGACCUUGAAAUCCUUGCUGCCAUUUUUGCCGCCGCCAUCCACGAUGUGGACCACCCCGGGGUUUCCAAUCAGUUUUUAAUCAACACUAACUCAGAGCUGGCCCUCAUGUACAAUGAUGAGUCAGUACUGGAGAACCACCACCUGGCUGUGGGCUUCAAGCUGCUGCAGGAGGAGAACUGCGACAUCUUCCAGAACCUCACCAAAAAGCAACGCCAGUCCCUCAGGAAGAUGGUCAUAGACAUGGUUUUGGCGACUGACAUGUCCAAGCAUAUGAGUCUGCUUGCGGACCUGAAGACCAUGGUUGAGACCAAGAAGGUGACGAGUUCUGGAGUACUGUUGCUGGACAACUAUACUGACAGGAUACAGGUUCUCCGUAACAUGGUUCACUGCGCGGACCUCAGCAACCCCACGAAAUCCCUGGAGCUUUACCGGCAGUGGACCGAUCGCAUCAUGGAUGAGUUCUUCCACCAGGGUGACCGCGAACGGGAGCGGGGCAUGGAGAUCAGCCCCAUGUGUGACAAACACACAGCCUCUGUGGAGAAAUCCCAGGUGGGCUUCAUCGACUACAUCGUGCAUCCUUUGUGGGAGACGUGGGCAGACCUUGUGCACCCAGAUGCCCAGGACAUCCUGGACACGCUAGAGGACAACAGGAACUGGUACCAAAGCAUGAUUCCUCAGAGUCCCUCACCGCCUUUCUAUGACCAGGGCAAGGACGGUCAUGGGGGUGGAGACAAGUUCCAGUUUGAGCUGACGCUGGAGGAGGAGGAUUCCGAGGGGACGGAGAAGGAAGGUGUGGGUGAGGCUCACUCCCCGCUGGACUUCUGCGACAGCCAAGAUGGUGGAGGAGCUCUGCCGCCCACACACAUAGAGAUUGUGACGCAGGACGCCUCGCCCGUGGACACAUAGAUGUGGACCUUUGUCCCAGCACUCGCUGACGUCUUUUUUUCCCGGGAGAAUCCCCACGGUCCUGCUUUUGAGGAGCCUCAGGACUGACUUUCGGCCAGGGACGGCCAACCGCCACCAUCCACCCCCACCCCCCCCCGUCAUUGCCGCACUACUUCUCUGAGCCAGAAGUUUGGGGGGGUUGGUUUUUGAGAUGAACGUUGAGGGAGUCCUCAGGCUGUCACUGCCGACACCUGAUAGAGCAGCCGGGUGUAGAGGUGAAGGACGGGAUUCGGUCGGGAACGCUAGGUGGCAUAACGCCACGGUUCAGCUGCCGCUGUGAGAUUUUUCUACCAAGAGACAAAGUUUUGUCGGAAGAGGAACAUUGUGAAGUAGCACAUGGAUCUAAUGAGCAAAGGAUAUUUGUACAGAGAAAUGGUUCACUAUUUCUGUAAAAUCUGUCCGAGGACUGUGUGCCUUUUUUACAACUGUCUUUUAAAUUUUUUUUAUUUAUUGAACACGCUUUAUAAGUGAGAUGUUUUUUUACACCAGGAAGCUCAUCAGCGAAAUCCUUUUGUAAAAUCAGAAAAGAGAAUACAGUCUUCCUACUGACUGAUAUUGGGCAAUAUUGGCUCUAUCGUAUAGGCAUGGGAAUAAUUCAGCGUCAAAGAGACAUCCACCCAGAUUUCAUUUCAGUUUUCAACAUAGUAACUACAUUAGAACUGAAAGUACCAUUUCAGAUGUUGCACAGGAUUUGUAACAUUUCAGUUAUAUAUACUGCCUGUUUGCUGAUCUAUAGGAAGAUGGAUGUGAAUACCGUAAGACUAAGACAUUUGCUAGGAUUCAUUAACAUUGUUUCAUUUUGUAGAUACAUAGAAGAGAAAUCAAUAUUAUUUUCACCCACCCAUUUUUCUCAUGAUUCCAACUCAAAUCUUGAUGAUGAGGGAAAUUAAAAAAAAAAAGCACUUUAGCAAUCUAAACACUGCUGCAUACAAUCGAGGACCUUGCAAUAUUUCUCACUAUUUAUUGAGACUGAAAGUUGACUGUUUUUAUCAAUAACGUGAUGCUGAACAACACUCAAGGUAGUAGGUCUUCCCAGGUCUCCAUAGUAAGCUGUUCUCAGAAUGUGAGAAAAAAAGAAUGUGACCAUAUCCAUCAAAUCUCAUUUAUUUGUGAAUAAUUUGAGGCAAUACGAUGAACUGAUAAAGUCGGCAAAGACCAAUAGGCUGUUUUGUUUUGAAAAGGGUCAUUUGGCAUGACACAGUUGAUAUCCUCAUGCUUGCCGUACCUCCUUCAGCUUUCUCAUCAUCAAGGUUUGAUUGGCUGCAUCUACAACUUCCCUUACAGUCUGGUCAGAAGCAGCAAACGAUCUAAACAAAAAAAAGAGGCCAUCCGAACUAAAGCAAAAAACAAUCACCUAAACGAAACCAAAAAACCCACCAUCUAAAGUAAACUAAGUUCAAACUGGGAAAGUUGGAAUAAUUGGGUGUAGGUCAGCAUCCCAGAUGGCACUCUGGCAGAAGGUAGGGAGUUUUGGGCCAGACUUGGGGGUGAAGUUUCCCAUUUUGUCAUUUCGCCGAUCAUGUUCGAGGCCUGCUGUCGUGGGCGGAGGUACUUAAAUUGCGGCACAGCCCGGCUGUCUAUGUCGCAUAGCGUUAAAACUCAAUAAGACACAUUGCUUCAUGGCCGCGUUGUGUGUGUGUGUGUGUGUGAGAGAGAGAGAGAGAGAGAGACUCUCUUUUCAAUAGUCCGCACCUCCGCUUUGCACCUGAACUCAUGUGUCCUUUACUGUUUAUAACAGUGUAUUUAUUUACCUUAGCUUGUAAAUACUAUAGUGUUCAUUGUAAAUUAAUUUUAAUUUAUAUGCACCGGCUUCGCCUCUGAUGGGUGGCGUUAGUGUGUAGAAUGUUCUGCGGUUCAAUCUUUUUAUUUAGGAAAAAUACACUUUUUCGAUUUUUAUGCUGCACCAUACGAAAAGGGGUCCUGAACAUUUGCUGAAAACGAAAGGCAAAGUUAACCAUCGGGUGAGGGGAUAGUCACGUGGUUCGGCGGAACACGUGGACGGUCCUGAUUCUGGUUGCUAAAAUUCUUACGAUGCCGACCUAAACUCGCACACUGCAGCACCUCCAGUAACGAUGGGAACAAUUUCAAGAGGCUGGAGCUUCCAUAAGUCUCUCCCUAAUGAGAAACACCACGGUUUUUGAAAAAAAGACGCUUGGCACGGAGUUAUUUCCUGGCUGUAAGAAUGACAGCUGACGUGGACUCCAUUAAUUAUGAACAUGCAUAAUUCUUGUGCUGAAGUGGCGAAAGAAAAACAUCUUGUUUUGUUAUAUUCUUACUCAAACUGUCAGUAUAACUCUGUACUCCGUGUUAAAUCUUUCGGUCCAAAUCGCGUCCCAGAUGGUUAACCAGAAGUAGUCAAAUCUGCAUGCCCAGUGGGUGUGUAUGUCUGUUAAAUACUGCAUUGUUUCAGGUGAAUAUUUAAUGUUUCACACAAUGUAUGGUAUAGUAUUGUAUAUUGUGUCCAGAAAAAUCAUAUACUUUUUCUAUGAACUGAUUAAAAAAGCAUGAAUACA